GGAAAAUAGUACAUCUUGAAUUUUCUCUGGACUCUGAAAUUUGGCGCGAGUUGUUCUUUUCUAGCAUUGAUAAAAUUCUAGAUUAAAAUAUUUAUUUUGUCCCCCAGCUUUGUUUACCAAAAUGACAGACAAAGACGGAGAAGGCUUUGAUGAUGCUGUAGAGGAACGAGUUAUCAACGAAGAAUACAAAAUAUGGAAGAAAAACACACCAUUUUUGUACGACCUGGUUAUGACACAUGCCCUUGAAUGGCCCAGUUUGUCAGCACAGUGGUUACCUGAUGUUACCCGCCCUGAAGGCAAAGAUUACUCACUUCACAGACUUAUUUUGGGUACCCACACGUCUGAUGAACAGAAUCACCUUCUGAUAGCCAGUGUACAGUUACCAAACGACAACGCCCAGUUCGAUGCCUCACAUUAUGACAGUGAAAAGGGAGAAUUUGGUGGCUUUGGUUCUGUAAGUGGAAAGAUCGAGAUUGAGAUCAAGAUCAACCAUGAAGGAGAGGUGAACCGUGCACGCUACAUGCCUCAGAACCCAUGUAUCAUAGCAACCAAGACACCCACAAGUGACGUGCUGGUGUUUGAUUACACAAAACAUCCAUCAAAACCAGAUCCUGCUGGAGAGUGUACGCCAGAAUUGAGAUUGAAAGGACAUCAAAAGGAAGGCUAUGGUUUAUCGUGGAACCCCAACUUGCACGGACACCUGUUAAGUGCUUCAGAUGAUCAUACAAUAUGUUUAUGGGAUGUAAACACAACACCAAAGGAUCGUGUAAUAGAAGCUCACACUAUUUUUAAUGGACAUACGUCUGUGGUUGAGGAUGUGGCAUGGCAUCUUCUUCAUGAAAGUUUGUUUGGAUCAGUGGCUGAUGACCAAAAAUUAAUGAUAUGGGAUACUCGUUCAAACAAUCCAAACAAGCCCAGCCACACAGUCGACGCGCACACAGCGGAAGUGAACUGUCUGUCGUUCAACCCAUACAGUGAAUUUAUUCUUGCCACUGGCUCAGCUGAUAAGACGGUUGCUCUCUGGGAUUUGCGGAACUUGAAGCUGAAGUUGCACUCAUUUGAAUCUCAUAAGGAUGAAAUAUUUCAGGUCCAGUGGUCUCCACACAACGAAACGAUCUUGGCAUCCAGUGGCACUGAUAGGCGGCUUCACGUGUGGGAUCUCAGUAAGAUUGGUGAAGAGCAGUCGGCUGAAGAUGCAGAGGAUGGACCACCCGAGUUGCUGUUCAUACAUGGUGGACACACCGCUAAAAUAUCUGACUUUUCUUGGAAUCCCAAUGAACCCUGGGUAAUCUGUUCAGUUUCUGAAGACAACAUCAUGCAAGUCUGGCAAAUGGCCGAGAAUAUAUACAAUGAUGAAGAACCGGAUACUCCAGCUGGUGAACUAGAACAGCAGACGUCAUGAACAUUUGUCUACUGUUACAACAGAACUGUUGUCUUUGACAUUUUAUACGUGUACGAUUCGUCCCAUUCUUGGAUCAAGUACAUCAAAUGGAGAACAUCAAUCAUCAUCGUAUUGGGAGCUUUUAUGGCUGGUCUGAUAACUUCAGCUGUGCAAGGGAACAAACAAAAACUUAUGACCAAUGGUGCAAAAUGUUUUGGAUUGUGACAUACCUGCUUUCUAAACUUGCCACACAUAACUAAAAGAUUGUCCUCAAGAGUUGGAAAAAGUUGGACAAAGCUUUGACCACAACUUACCAUUGCUUUGUAGUAAACUAUAAAUACUUGCUGUUAGGACAGUCCAUUGUGAUUGCUUCCUGAAUUGCCCAAUUUUUAUGGUUCAUGAUCAGUGUCAACAUAGGAAUUACUGAAAACCUUUUUGACAUUUGAAAGACAAUUUCAUGUUUUUUAUAUAAUUGUUGGCAGCAGUCUUACUUCUAAUAUUGUAAGCUAUAUUAUUUGUUUGCACUGAAAAACAUUUGUUAUGAUCCCUGACCAAAAUGUUAAUAUAGGAUAAUGACCCUUGCUAGUUUGUUUAAGAAAGCAAUAUUUGUUUUCCACAGUGAAUUUGAACAAUUAAAAAGCAUAUUGUACAAGUUAACUUAAAGAUAUCUUGCCUACAAUUGCAAGCAAACAUUUUUUAAAUGAUAUGCUUUUAAUAAAAUAUAAAACGGUAUUGAAUGAAAAUAAAUUGUAGGAAUAUGUCAUGGGUUGAAAUGAAUAAAUUACAUGACGUGAA